CACGGAAGACAGCGAUUACAAAAAUAAAAAAAUUCACGCAAGACAGCGGGGCACCCGAAAACUCGAGAUGGAAACGGAGACACACCGCCGUCGGUUGGGAAGGUCAAAUCUGAGUCUUGAAGGAAAAACGCCCCCAAGAAAACCCAAAAACAACACAUCCAGCUUUCGUCAGACAAGUCAAAUUACGCGAUAAGAAAGACGAAAGAGCCGCCUGCCGCUAGCUCGCUCGCCUCCAUUUCCCAAUUCCAUUCUGUCCAAAUACCCGCUCUUCUUCCCUUUCUGGCAAAUCUCAUCCUUGCCGCCCCGAUCUAACCGACUAUGCACUCCACCAAACACCGCCGGAAAGUAGCGCCGGCCAAUGGAGACGCAAACGACAACUCCGCCGAUAAGCAGGACCAGCUCCAUCUCUCCGCCGCCAUCUACAACGGCGAGGACCUCGGCCCCUUCGUCCGCAAGGCCUUCACCACCGGCAAACCCGAGAUCCUCCUUCACAACCUCCGCCACUUCGUCCGCUCCAAGGAGUCCGAGAUCGAGGAAGUCUGCAAGGCUCACUACCAGGACUUCAUCCUCGCCGUCGACGACCUCCGAUCCCUCCUCUCCGACGUCGAUUCCUUGAAAUCCUCCCUCUCCGACUCCAAUUCCAAGCUCCAGUCCGUCGCGGGCCCGCUCCUCACUUACCUCGACUCCUACAUCGAGGCGCAGACCGUGUCUCACAACGUUUACUUGGCCCUCACUCUGAUCGUCUCCUGCAUCAAGCUCAUGGAGCUUUGCUCCAGAGCGAACGAUCAUAUGUCCGCCGGGAAUCUCUACAUGGCGUUGAGGUGCGUGGACGCGAUCGAGACCGAGUUCGUCGAUAAGGCGCCGUCGUCGACUUUGAAGCGGAUGCUGGAGAAGAAGAUCCCGCAGUUACGGUCGCACAUCGAGAGGAAAGUGAGCAAGGAUUUCGGAGAUUGGCUGGUGGAGAUCCGCGUUGUGAGUCGUAAUUUGGGCCAGCUGGCCAUUGGCCAAGCCUCCGCAGCGAGGCAGCGGGAAGAGGAUCUGAGAAUCAAGCAGAGACAGGCGGAAGAGCAGAGCCGGCUCAAUCUGAGAGACUGCGUGUACGCGCUGCAAGAGGAAGAGGACGACGACGACGAUGGGGUGAGCGGCGGGAUGGAUGAUGAUGCUAAGAGUGGAUACAGCAAUGGAGGCAACAGUCUGCUAGGGUUUGACUUGACUCCUCUUUACAGAGCUUAUCACAUACAUCAGACGCUAGGGCUUGAGGACCGAUUCAAGAAGUAUUACUUCGAGAACAGGAAGCUUCAACUGACCUCGGACUUUCAGGUAUCCUCCAUGACUCCAUUUCUCGAGUCGCAUCAAACCUUUUUCGCUCAGAUUGCUGGAUUCUUUAUCGUUGAGGAUAGAGUGUUGAGAACUGGUGGGGGUUUGAUCUCGAGAAUGGAAGUCGAUAAUCUGUGGGAAACUGCUGUGAGUAAGAUGUGUUCCGUGCUAGAGGAUCAGUUCUCCAGGAUGCAAACGGCUAAUCAUCUUCUGUUGAUUAAGGACUAUGUGAGCCUCCUUGGAGUGACAUUGCGGAGAUAUGGGUACAUUGUGGAUGCUUUGUUAGAGGUGUUAAGUAAGCACAGGGAUAAGUACCACGAAUUACUGCUGUCUGAUUGUCGCAAGCAGAUUGCUGAGGCGCUUGCUGCUGAUAAGUUUGAGCAGAUGUUAAUGAAAAAGGAGUAUGAGUACUCCAUGAAUGUGCUUUCUUUCCAGAUACAGAUGUCUGAUAUCGUGCCUGCUUUUCCUUAUGUUGCCCCAUUUUCAUCCACGGUGCCUGAUUGUUGUCGAAUUGUACGGUCUUUCAUUGAAGACUCGGUGAGUUAUAUGUCGUACGGCGGGCAACUUGAUUUCUUUGAUGUGGUUAAGAAGUAUCUGGACCGGCUUUUGAGUGACGUUUUGGAUGGAGCUCUUCUGAAGCUCAUUAACUCCUCGGUUCAUGGGGUUUCCCAGGCUAUGCAGGUUGCAGCCAAUAUGGUUGUGUUAGAACGGGCGUGUGAGUUUUUCUUUCGUCAUGCUGCACAGCUCUCGGGCAUACCAUUAAGAAUGGCUGAGAGGAGUAGGAGGCAGUUUCCAUUGAACAAUGCCCGAGAUGCAGCUGAGGAGAUGCUAUCUGGGUUGCUGAAACAGAAAGUAGAUGGUUUCAUGACAUUGAUUGAGAACGUGAACUGGAUGGCUGAUGAACCAGUACAGAAUGGGAAUGAAUAUGUGAAUGAAGUCAUGAUAUAUUUGGAGACUCUCGUCUCCACUGCACAACAAAUAUUGCCGGGAAACGUCCUGAAAAGGGUUUUGAGAGAUGUUCUUUCUCACAUUUCCGAGAAGAUCGUUGGGGCUCUUGUUGCAGAUUCUGUCAAGAGGUUCACUGUACAGGCUGUUAUGGGGGUGGAAGUUGAUGUGAAGAUAUUGGAAGCUUUUGCAGACAACCAAGCGACCCUGUUCCCCGAAGGGGAUGCAAGUCAGUUGAAAACAGCUCUGGGUGAGGCGAGGCAGUUGGUUAAUUUGCUGUUGAGCAGCCAUCCAGAGAACUUUUUGAAUCCAGUGAUUCGGGAGAGGAGUUACAAUCUGUUGGAUUAUCGGAAAGUGGUCACGAUAUCGGAGAAGUUGAAAGAUCCUGCGGAUAGAUUGUUUGGUACAUUCGGAAGCAGAGGAGCUAGACCCAAUCCAAAGAAGAAAUCCUUGGAUACAUUGAUAAAGAGACUCAAAGAUGUGAGCUGACGCACUCCAGAACUGUAUGUGUAAUCCUUGUUCUUUCUCUUGCAUUUGGUUUGAUCAUAGUCGAUUUCUCAGUUGCUGAACUUUUUCUUUUCGGGUUGUAUUCUAUUCUCGUACAUGCGCAUCUGAUUGCUGUCUGGAACUCGUUUCUCUCCUGCAAGUUAUGCUUGAUAAUUGACUUGAUAGGCCGGGUUGCUUCGUUUCUUGUAAUGUCCAUUGACCACGAGGAUGAUUAUAUUACUACAUACAUUGGUGUUUCCUUUUACUACCGCCACAUGAAAACUGAAAACUGAGCACAGGUUCUUUGAUUGCAGUGUGAAGUUGAACUAUGUGUGUGCCGGACGGCAUGCUUGGACAUGGGUUAGACUCUUUUUUUAUGCCGUGUCUAAUCGUGAUCGUGUGAUGUUUUUAUCAGGCUCGUAAUAUUCGUGCUUCUAUCGUGUUGGUGUCAAUGUUCCAACAAUUACCCUGCUAAUGUGACUCCAAGUAUAGUGCAAUUGAUCGAGAAAUAGCUAUUACUCCAUAUUACCCCCUUCCACUCUGUGGUCCUCUCUCUAGUCCUUUUUCUUCUUUGGCUUUGCUCUUUAGCCUCCUUUGCUAUUUUGGAGAGUGCUUGCUCACUCUCAAUCACGAAGCUAUUCUAAUUACAACUUGCUCUUAGGCUUUAGUGUUGAAGGAAAAUGAGCUCCCUAAAUGGCCUCAAUUUUCUUCAUCGUCCUCUCACUCGUCGCCUCCAUGUCAAGCUCUAUCUUGGAAUUUGCCUUGGUUCUGAAGGAUGUUCUUCUAGGGUAACAUAUGAGACAUCUCUAUUUUUUCAGUAGAAAAUCUUUCAAAUUACCACCGGUUAGUUUUCGAUUUGCCCCUUAUCAUAAAAUGAAAUGUGAAUAACUCA